AUGAGUUCAACCAGCGCUGCUAAUGGCAAGUUGUCUGUGGUGCCUAAUGCCGACUCGUACAUCUACGAGUCGUUCGCAUGUCAAACUGCCCUGUCUGAUGGCUACAAUGCUAUCACGUUUCCUGUCAAAGGCCCUGCUGGUGGAUCGUUCACACUCGAAAUCCAGACAAAGACUGCAUGUUCUGCAGAUGCCUAUCAGAGCUACUUCUACUACGUGUCCGAUCUGACAGGCGACACUCAGACUAUCACUGUGCCUCUAACUUCGUUUCCCGGUGCAAACUCUAACGCUAUCACCAGCUUCGUUUGGAGUGGUUUCUCAAGCUUAUCCACAAUCUGGGAGUUUGGCAAGGUCCAACUUGAAUGCAGCUCCGGAUCUGGCUCUACAUCCAAAUCUAGUGGUGUGACCUCCCGGGUCAGCUCUCCCUCGACUGUAUCCAGUAAGGUUCCAGCUCCCACAGGGCAAUGUACCAAUCUUCUGAUUGAUGACUGGACUUCACAAUCUCGUCUGACCUUUUUGUACUACAACGCCAUGCUCAAUCCUAGCUCGGAUGAUGGAACCAUGAAAUCUGUUGUUGUCGACCCAAUUAAGAACAGAGUAACAUACAGUCCCAAGGAUGGUAGCAGCUACUUCUAUACACAACUCGGUUGUACCAACGCUCAGAAUCGCUUCGGCGGUAUCUCAAUGAGGCUCAGUGCCCCUGCAGGUACAACUCUGUCUGUCGAGCUCGAUUCUGGGUGCAACGGGGAGAGUGAUAAGCAGACAACUCUUUCAAGCAGCGAUCUCGGAUGGACCUUCGAUGGGAAUGAGAAGUUGUACAGCAUCCCUUUCAAUAAAUUUGCUGGUCUCGACAUCUCAAAGGUCGCAACAUUGCUGUUCUCCCAGCUAACGUCGCCUGUCACAUUCAACCCCAUGGCCUUUUACUGUGGGAACACUCCGACAGAGUACAUUCCUAACAACUCCGGCGCUCCUAUAGUUCCCACCUCGACAGUUGCAGCGCCAUCCGCCACGGCAUCUACACUUGUCAUUGAUACGUUCGGCAACCAAGAAAGCAACACACUCGGCAAUUGGCAUGGUGCUGAUGAGGGCAUGGUAUUGAAAUGGGGUGCCAAUAAACUGACCAUACAAUCCAAUGACGCAGAUUACGCCUUCUACACUCAACUCUCAGGUACUUGCAGCGACAUGACUAUGUAUGACGGCAGUUACCUUCACAUCGCAUACACUGGCUCAAAUGCCUUCACUAUUGCUCUGCAGCAGCACAAUUCUGCCUGCGACGAAACUAUCGCGCCAUACCCUGAGACAUGGGACUCUCUUGAGGCUGCUCGUUAUGCUACUGCCACCGACAUUUACAUCCCCAUGAACCACUUCAACAUCAACAAGGGCCGUGCUAUUGGCUUUGCUCUCAAAGGAUUUUACAAGGCCGAUCCCGUCACUCUAACCAAGAUCGAGAUUGUCAAAUCUGUUCCGGCAAACUUCAAAGUCCCCAACAAGCUUCCUUCUGGAAACUUGAUUUUUGCAUGCAAGCGACCCAACAGUUUCGCGUUUGCUAUCGACGAUGGCUCACCUGAAUACGCUCAGGAAGUACUCAGCAUCAUCAAAGAGGAAAACAUCAAGGCGACUUUCUUCACUGUUGGCGCGCCACUUCUGGAUCCUAGCACCAACCUUUCGAAUGUCUACAACGAGAUGUUGUCAGCGGGCCAUCAGAUUGCUUUGCAUUCUUAUACACAUCCAAAAAUGGAAGGCCUUCCUGAUUAUGCCGCCAUAGAUUGGGAAUACAACCAAGAUAUUGCCGCUGUCAAACAAGUACUGCCUCGUCUAGGCAACACGUGCUAUUUCCGUCCUCCUUUCGGCACUGAGGGUGCGCGCAUGCGACAGCGCUUGGCCGUAGCCACUGGCUCCGAUGAACCAUAUAUCGUCAACUGGAGCGUUGAUGUUGAAGACUGGCUCUGGGCCGAGACAGACACGCCUGAAGAGCAACUCGAUGCCUUCAAGCGUGAUGUCGCCAAAGGGGGAAAUCUUGUUGUCAUGCAUUACUUGUACCCGAGUACUGUCGGCUACCUUCGCCAGUUCAUCCAGAUAGCCAAAGCGACGGGCAAGCAGUUGAUGCGUGUCGACCAGUGUAUGGAGGACCCGAACGCACCUCCAUUGUAA